AUGGCUCCCUUGUCCAAGAAGCGGCGUCUCGAACUCGGCAACGUCGACACAAAGUUGGUCGAGAUCUACGAGGACCUCGCCAGCGAAAAAGAUGAGAUCCGUCUCAAGGCCGCCCAGGGCCUCGUGUCUCAGUUCACCCCCGACAAGAACCCGGCCGAUGACCAGAUCCAGAAAGUGCUACAGCGCCUCUUCCGUGGUCUCUGCAGUAGUCGCAAAGCUGCGCGCAUUGGCUUCUCGAUCGCCUUGACCGAGGUCCUGACGCAGAUUUUCUCAUCCACCAGAGACGCCGCGCAGUUUGGGCUGUCGGAUGCGCUGAAGAUAUGGGAGGUGCAGUCGAACGCCACUGGCGGCGAGUCCGGACAGGAGCAACGCGAUCACCAUUUCGGCCGUCUCUUCGGCGCAGAAGCCAUCAUCAAAUCCGCCGUCCUCUUCCAGCCUUCCGUGCCUUUUACCGAAUGGACCAAGGUCCUCGACCUCAUCUUUGAACUCGCGCAGAGAAAGCCUUGGAUCCGCGAAGAAUGCGGCUGGAUUAUCUACCGGUGCGUCUACGACUUGUCGGCGCGCGAGGUGGAUGGCAAGUUUGUGGAAGCUGCGCUGGAGCGCCUGUGCUCGCAUGAUCUAGCUCGGUCGCCGGAGGGAAUAGCCAUCUGGCUGGCGGCAAAGGACAUGUUUCCCAAUGCCAAUUUCCCCAGCAAGGUCUGGAAACAUGAUGAUCCGUUGGACACUAAGGAGCGGAACAAUCUCUCCAAAAUUAUGAAAGAGUCUUCUAGUGGGGAGUCCGAGGGGGAGAGCAAAGCGAAUAACGCCAAGUCUUCGGGCGUGUGGAAUUCUAAGCUUCACUUUGCCUGGGAUGCGGUUUUGUCGCGGGCUAGUGAUGCCUCUUCUUCCAAGUCGAAGCAUUCCAAGUCUUCCCGUCUGAGUUUCGUUGAUUUCUGGACCGAAGCUGUUGACAAUGGGCUAUUUGCUUCCGCCUCGUCAGAUGAGCGCAAGUACUGGGGCUUCCUUCUCUUCGUCAGAGUUCUCAACGACGGUACACCGCAGCAGGCCUCCCAUGUCUUCACAAAAAACCUGGUACGCUGUCUGAUGAACCAGCUUGCCGUGGAGGACCGGUACUUGCAUCGCAUGGCGGUCAAAGCCUCGAAAGCAAUCCAGGGCCGUGUGUCGAAAGAGCCCGGGUUCGCUGCGGCAGCUGUGCAUGGCCUGAUGGGAACGGGCGGAGCGAUCAACUUCGACCAGGCUACCAAGACAAAGACCAUUGAGAAGACCGUGGCCGAAGCAAACCAGACUGCCUUGCAGGAGAUUGUCCCUCUGUUCGAGCAGCUCAUCCAGCGACCGGGCACGACCGACGAUAAAACCGCCGCGUCUCAUCGCCAGGUCCUAGCUGGCCUGCUUCUAGCCAUUGUGCGAUCAAAGGUUUCCUCUGAGGAUGACUAUCAGGGAACCAUGGAGCAGAUCCUGUUCAUCUUCGUGCGAUUCGGCUACUUCCUGGAUAACGGCGAAGGGAAAGCCACCGCGGAGCCUGCUCUGGCGCAGUCGACGCAGGAACUCUUCCGCAACCGCAUCAAUUCCUGCCUGAACAGUCUGAUCGUCACACGGAAAUACGCCGCAACUCUGCCAUAUGCCGUUGUGCGCCAGAUCCGCGAGGCGGUCAAGUCUGGAGAAUACGGCAAAUUCACCAUCGUCAUGGACGACAAACUACAGGAGUCCGUGAAGACAUCAUUCAAGGCACUGAAGAAGCUCUCGAGCAAGGAGAAGAAAGGAGAAACCUCUGGCACCGCAGCAUUCAAGCUUCUAUACUCCAUGACCAUUCUCCAGGUCUACAGUGGCGACGCGGAUGCCGUCUCUAUGCUGGACGAGUUGGAGUUCUGCUACACCAAGUUCAUGGGCGACGAUGCAAAGAAGCGGGAUACGUCUGACGCCUCAGAUGCGCUGGUUGAAAUCCUGCUGAGCUUUGCGUCGAAGCAGUCGCAGCUCUUCCGUCGUAUGAGCGAGCAGGUAUUUAGCGCUUUCGCGGACCAGGUCACUGAGAAUGGACUGGAAUCGUUGAUCUCGAUUCUGGAAGCCAAGGAGAGUCUGGCCGGACAACAGGAGAUGUUCGAGGAACAGGAUGAGGAUGGCGAGGAAGAAGAUGGAAGUGACGACGACGAUGUAGAGAUGAUAAAUGUCGAGGAAGCCGACAGCGACGUCGAGGUCGUCGAUGCAGACGGCGCAUCCGAUGCCUCGUCUUCAGACGAAGAGGAAGACGACGAAGAAGAAGACGAAGGAGACGCCCAGGAAGUCUUGGAUUUCGAAGCCAAACUCGCCGCUGCGCUGGGCACCCACCGCGCCGACCAAGACCUCGAAGCCGCCGAGUCCGACUCAGAUGCAGACAUGAACGACGACGAGAUGGAGGAGCUAGACGAGCAGCUAGUCAAAGUAUUCCGCGCGCGCCGCGAGGUAACCUCUCAACACAAGGACAAAAAAGACGCGCGCGAGAACAUGGUCAACUUCAAAAACCGCGUCCUGGACCUGGUAGAGAUCUUCAUCAAGAAGUGCCACUCCCGUCUGCUAGCGCUGGAUCUCCUACUCCCACUCCUCCGGCUCGCGCGCCGGUCAUCCGUCAAGCAGAUCGCCAACAAGGCCACCUCCGUGCUGCGCGAGUACACACGUCUCUGCAAGGGCGCCGCCGUCCCGAAGAUCGAGGACGCCGACGACGAACAAAAUGUCUGGGAGCUGCUGCGCGCUGUGCACAAAGAGGCGACGCACAGUGCCCCGCCGGCGCAUGCGAGUGCCUGCAGCCAGGCGAGUUUGCUCGUGGUCAAGGCUCUCGUUGCCCAUGAUAAGGCGGCUAUUGGCGGCGUGGUGGAUGCAUAUGCGGAGACGAGGAAGGCUCAGCUGUGCAGCGCCAAGUGCCAUGUUCAGCCGGCGUUUUUCUCAGAGUGGAAUAAUUGGUGCGUGUCGGCGAGUAAGCAGUUGAAGAACUGA